AUGCAUAAACAGUGUUUGAUACUAUAUCUCUUAUUCGCCUACAAUACCCCGUCGAUAGUCGCCAUAUCUUUAAACGAGAUCCAACCGAUCGUAUACUUUACUCCGACAUGUACGAGCGUUUACACCUCCAAUAUGAAAUAUUGCACAAACAGCGACUUUACGAACGAAGGACCCUGCUCGUCAGGAUGUAUUGCAGAGCUGGAAGCCCUGUCGCGUUCGCUUAAUAUCGCGUGCGUUGGAUCUCGGGCACUAGCCGAGUCCCUCAUAGGGUUAUUCUUCCAGAAUCUUGGGGUGCAAGCUCUCUGCCCUAAUGCUGUCAUUGGGGAUGAUGAGGGUAGUGGAGGAGAGGGAGAACGGACUUCCCAAGAUCCUGGUCCAACCGAUACUCAGCUUCUUCCCUCUUCAGAAACGAGGACAUCUCAGCCUUCGCGGACCGAGACAGAAACCGGAGAGGUAUCAUCGCGUCCAACAAGACCACCUAGUGUGACCACUUCCGCUGCCACCAGAGUUACAACUAUCCGCUCUACUUCUAUCACGACCAUGAUGACUUCCAUCCUCUCCACUACGACAUCAGUUCCUGCUCCUCCAACACCAACUACACAAGAGUCGUCGUCGUCGUCGUCGUCGUCUACUACUGCAACUCGCACCCGCGCUCCAACUAAAGACCCCUUUGGGGGCUUUGGGAACGCAUUUGACAUAAUUGCGCCCAACAAUGCCACACCUACGUUGAGAUCGAGUCGAUCUUGGAACAUGGCGAUUGGCGUUGCAACUGCAGUUAUACUGCUCACUAUGCUGUUGGCAUGGCAAUAA